CUCGCCUGGUGCCGCAGGGAAAGGCCAACUGUUUGGUCCGCCAUGUUCUUCUCCGCGGCGCUCCGGGCCAAGGCGGCAGGCCUCAUCGCCCAGUGGGGAAGACAUAUAAGGAAUUUACAUAAGACAGCUGUGCAAAAUGGAGCUGGAGGAGCCUUAUUUGUUCACAGAGAUACUCCUGAGAAUAACCCAGAUACUCCAUUUGAUUUCACACCAGAAAACUAUAAGAGGAUAGAGGCAAUUGUAGGAAACUAUCCAGAAGGACAUAAAGCAGCAGCUGUGCUUCCAGUCCUGGAUUUAGCCCAAAGACAGAAUGGAUGGCUGCCCAUCUCUGCCAUGAACAAGGUUGCGGAAGUUUUACAGGUACCUCCAAUGAGAGUAUAUGAAGUAGCAACUUUUUAUACGAUGUAUAAUCGAAAGCCAGUUGGAAAGUAUCACAUUCAGGUCUGCACUACUACACCUUGCAUGCUUCGAAACUCUGACAGCAUACUGGAGGCCAUCCAGAAAAAGCUUGGAAUAAAGGUUGGGGAGACGACACCUGAUAAACUUUUCACUCUUAUAGAGGUGGAAUGUUUAGGAGCCUGUGUAAAUGCACCAAUGGUUCAAAUAAAUGACAACUACUAUGAGGAUCUGACACCUAAGGAUAUUGAAGAAAUUAUUGACGAGCUCAAAGCUGGCAAAAUUCCAAAACCUGGGCCAAGGAGUGGACGCUUCUCUUGUGAGCCAGCUGGAGGUCUUACCUCUUUGACUGAACCACCCAAAGGACCUGGCUUUGGUGUGCAAGCAGGACUUUAAUUUAUAUUCAACUGUAAAUAUGUUCCAGGAGGAAUAAAACAUGAAUCUUCUACCUACAUAAA